UUGGUUUCCCUCACCUCCCUGUGCCCGUCUCAGGUUACCCGGGCUCCUGUCCGUGCCCAGCCUCUGCUCCCUCCACACUCUGGGCUCGCUGCAGGCAGCAGGACGUCCCUACCUCCAGCUCCAAGGUAGACAACCUGCGCAGUCUGUGGCGUCUCCAGCGUGGGAGGCUUCCAAGAGCUGCCAGAGAAGCGUCUGUCAGGGAGGAAUGGCUGGCACCUUCUGCCGUCUCCUGGCCGGGCGCGCGGCGCCGGCGCUGUUUGCCGCCGCGGGCACGGGCGUGCUGGCCACGGGCUACCUGCUGGGCCAGCACAACUCCGUCAGCGCCGCCGUGCAGGAGAAGAGGAAGCUCUUUCCGCCCAGCGCUGACUACCCCGACCUGCGCAAGCACAACAACUGCAUGGCCGAGUGCCUGACCCCGGGCAUCUACUCCCGCCUCCGGGACAAGAUGACCCCCAACGGCUACACCCUGGACCAGUGCAUCCAGACCGGGGUGGACAACCCCGGCCACCCCUUCAUCAAGACAGUGGGCAUGGUGGCUGGGGACGAGGAGUCCUACGAGGUGUUUGCUGAGAUUUUUGACCCUGUCAUUAAAGCCAGGCAUAAUGGCUACGAUCCACGGACAAUGAGGCACCACACCGACCUGGAUGCAUCCAAGAUCACCCACGGGCAGUUCGACGAGCGCUACGUGCUGUCGUCGCGGGUGCGCACCGGGCGCAGCAUCCGCGGGCUGAGCCUGCCGCCCGCCUGCACCCGCGCCGAGCGCAGGGAGGUGGAGAACGUGGUGGUCACCGCGCUCUCGGGGCUGCGGGGCGACCUCUCGGGCAAGUACUACAGCCUGACCAGCAUGACCGAGCGGGAGCAGCAGCAGCUCAUCGACGAUCACUUUCUCUUUGACAAGCCCGUGUCCCCUCUGCUGACAUGUGCAGGGAUGGCCCGUGACUGGCCGGACGCCCGAGGCAUCUGGCACAACAACGAGAAGACAUUUCUCAUUUGGAUUAAUGAAGAGGACCACACCAGGGUGAUCUCCAUGGAGAAGGGUGGCAACAUGAAGCGUGUCUUUGAAAGGUUCUGCCGUGGAUUGAAAGAGGUAGUGUCUCAGCACAGCUGCGAGAUCAGCAGUGCACAGGUGGUGACACAGCCCCCAGGUGUUGUCCCCAGCUUUGCUGUUGAGCUGAGCUCCUGCCAGCCUGUGGACAUGCAUGUGGAGCUAGUCCAGAUUGUCAUCGACGGGGUCAACUACCUUGUUGACUGUGAGAAGAAACUGGAAAAAGGCCAAGACAUCAAGGUGCCACCCCCCCUGCCUCAGUUUAGCAGGAGAUGAAGCUGCUGGUGAUGGCCGCAGCUGAGGGUAAACGUGGCUGCCAUUCUGAUGGAAAGGCACCCCUGUACAUCUCUGUAUAAAUGCAUUGUGUAAUAAAACACUGCCUGACAA